GCCUGCUGCAUCCAGAAGUCCAAUCUAGGGAACAGCACUAGUCCCAAGAACCAGCAGCUCAGACAAGUAUCCAGCCACUUGGACACGUCUAGCCCGAUUCCUGCAGCAGGCACUUCACUCAACCACCUGUUGCCAAAUCACUGAAAGCAUUUGUUUGACUCACUCGUGGUGUGAGAUCUCUGAGAUCAUUCAGAUCACUGCAGAUCUGAGAGCCGACAUCAGCAGAUGAUGAGGAUGCAGCGGCACUCGCACAUCUUUCCAGCCCUUAUCCUUGCGGUCUUCAUCUUUAGGAUAGCUCUGUCUGGUCCUUCUGUGGUCAGAGUGAGACGCCAAAACAUGAAAGUCCGCAUCAGCACCACAGGAGACACCAUUGUGAUGAAGUUCUUGCGUCCCAACACUGACACCAGGCUGGAGGGAUACAUCCUGGGAUACGGUGGCAGCAUGUUCUCCAAACAGUUCAUUCAGCUGCCAGAAGAUGGACAACCAUAUGAGACAGAGUUUGAUGCUGAGCCCAAGUACCUCAUAGCUGUCCAGCCUAUUCCUGCUAACGAGGUGAAGAAGCAGUGCACAGGUAAAGUGGAAUUGCAGAAGCCGCUGCACCUGGUCAUUGGGUCGGUGACGCCCACCUCAGUUCUUCUGUCCUGGGGGACGCUGCUGAAAACCCCUUAUGAAGGCAACGUCAUGAAUGACUGUCUAGAGGAUGGACACUACACAGUGCGUUACCGUGAGAAGAACAGGAGGUGGAACUACCAGACCUGUCCAACAAGCGAUACAGUCAUUGACAAACUGAAGCCAAACACAGUCUAUGAGUUUGGUGUCCAGCCAAACUCCAAGGAUGGCACCGGUAUGUGGAGCAGGCCGGUUGUUCACAACAUCAGCCUGCCAGGAAUUGAAGAGAAGGUCAUCAGGAAAAUCUUUAGGCCUCCAGUCAGCCCUCCGAAACCUGUACCUUCAGGUCCACAUUCCCUGCCCUUAUUUCCUCACCCCGCUUCCUCAGUCCAAAACAAGACCAGGGGCAGACUGCCCCUCUCCAGGAACAUAGCCCCACAGACGACUCUUGCUCCAACCACAACCACAACCACAACCACAACCAAAACCACAACUACUACUAAGGAAACCCUGUCUACUCCUGGACCUGCACCUGCUGUGAUCAACAAACAGCCAAUUGGAGGAGGAGACCUCUCCAGAUCUGAGGUCCCAUUAACUCCCAAGCUCCAUCCUUUACUACAUAUAACAACCACCAUGGUACCUGUGCCAGUAGUCCAGGCAAAUGUGGAGAAUCAUGGAGGGCAUGUACAACCUCAACCUAACUUGAAGCUCCAGCAUCAGUAUUCAGUACUACCAAAGCCCAAACCCCAACAGUCUCAAGUGAAGCCCAGAGUUAAUGCUCAACGUCCAAAGCCCCAUGACCAAACUGUGACACAACCCCACAGAACCUCCCAGCCCAAAAUCCAGACGCAACCACAACCCCGGACAACACCCCAGUCCAUAAUUCAGAUCCAACCACAACCCCACACAACACCCCAAUUCGAAGUCCAAACCAAACCAAAACUCCACACAACACCCCAGUCGAAAAUUCAGACACAACCCCACACAACACCCCAAUUCAUAGUCCAAACCAAACCACAACCCCACACAAUGCCCCAGUCCAAAAUUCAAAUGCAACCACAACCCCACACAACACCCCAAUUCAAAGUCCAAACCAAACCACAACCCCACACAACACCCCAGUCGAAAAUUCAGUUGCAACCACAACCCCACACAACACCCCAAUUCAAAGUCCAAACCAAACCACAACCCCACACAACACCCCAGUCGAAAAUUCAGUUGCAACCACAACCCCACACAACACCCCAAUUCAAAGUCCAAACCAAACCACAACCCCACACAAUGCCCCAGUCCAAAAUUCAAAUGCAACCACAACCCCACACAACACCCCAAUUCAUAGUCCAAACCAAACCACAACCCCACACAACACCCCGGUCGAAAAUUCAGUUGCAACCACAACCCCACACAACACCCCAGCAGAAAGUCCCGAUCCAACUACAACCCCACACAACAGCCCGUACUAAGCUCCAUGCACAGCCAAAACCCCUAUCAACAGCCCAGCCUAUAUUUCAAACAAAACCUCAACUGCAAAUCCAAACAACAGUCCAGCCCAAACUCCACACCCAACCUCAACAACACCUGGCAGUAUCCCAGCCUACAGAGCAUACCCAUCCCCAUUCACUGCCUCAGACAAAACCAAAACCCCAAUCACAUCUUCAAACCACACCACAUCUUGAAUCAGAACCACAGCCUCAGCCAACACCCUACACCAAACACCAGGGCCAACCUCUAACACAAGAGCAACAUAAGACCCAGACACAGCCUCAGAGACAAGAUCAACCAAGUUCCCAAACUACUCCUGUGUCAUCCAUUCAGCCCACUUAUCCAACACCCCAGCACAUUCCCUAUACCAAGAAAAGACCACUAAAGACUCAUACUCAACCUCAACCUCAUCCACAAAAUAAAUCUCCAAAUUCACCACAUAAACAAAAACAGAUUAAACCAAAGACACCACAACAACAGCCAGGUGUAAGUACCAAGCCCAAUUCUGGAAUCCAACCAGCAUCAAAACCAAGCAUAAUUUCUUCCCAUUCCAAACCCUCAACACAACCCAAACCCAAGAACCAGACCAAGCCCCAACCACUCUCUCAACCAAUAAGGCAGCCCAAGCUUCACCCAUCAACUCAACUGAAAAAGCUUCCAAAAAGUCCUUCAAAGCCAAUAAUUAGGGAUAAGCAAAACUCUACACCAAAAAUUCUGCCACAGUUAAAAUUACAACCUCCAAAAAAUACCCAGGACCAUGUUGUACCUCAACCCAUUACCAAGCCACAGUUUCCUUCAAAGGCCCAGUCACAACGUAAACCUAACCCCCAACUUCCAUCUAAGCCCCAACCUAAACCUCAAGCUGGGCUUCAGCCUCAUUCCAGGACCUACUCUGAUCCCACCAAGGUCACCUCAAAGCAGGCAGUCCGUACGGCUCCUAGUCCACAAGAAGAGGGCAAGCCUCUACCAAGACCUGCCCUGGCUACAGAGAAGGCUGGUAGAUACAAUCAUGGUCCUGGUGUUCUCGAGUCCUCUGAAGUUCCUCGUUCUCCCAUUAGCUCAUCUGUUCCUACAGCAGGAAGAAACACCACCCUGCAUCGCACAUGGGUUCCUUCUCAUUCCACUAAUCAUGUUGCCAGACCAUUCUCACCAUCCAGGACAGUCACUUCCUCUCACAGUUCCAGCACACCUGGCGCAGCCAGUGGGGCGCAUCAUAGGGGCAAUACUCUUCCUAGACGUAAGGUGUGGCCCAAAGAAAAACCCGUUCUGCGUCCCUCUGUUUCUGGCAACAAGAAGCCCAACCUGGUGGGAAAGCCUAGCAGUCAUGAUAAACUCAUGGAUCUGAAACAAGGAGAAAAGGCGUCUAUCUUGAAGCCGUUCCCGCUGGUCACAGCCAGACCCAAGCAACAGCCCAAACAGCAGACGACCACCACAGCCCCUGCGCUAAACACCAGCCGUUUUGACAUAUAUGAAAACUCCUCCAUAUUCAGGCCCCUGCCUAAGUCAGAGGUAGACAGCAUGGGCAACCCGCGCUUUAUAGCUCCCCACGUCAUCUACAAGACGGAUAAGCCGCCAGAAGAGCCGUGCUCUAUCACCUCCUCCCUUGCUUACUUCCCCGAUGAGGAAGGCAGCGAUCAGAAUGUGACCGGUCCUCCCCGCCUACCUCCAUCCAACCUCACUGUGGUCACCGUGGAAGGUUGCCCGUCCUUUGUCAUUCUUGACUGGCAGAAAACCGACAACGAAACCAGAGAGUAUGAAGUUGUGUCCACCACCACAGGCCCGAACGGAAGGGAGACGUCAGUACUGACAACCAACCAGACCCACACAGCUGUGGAGAAUCUCAAACCAGAGAGCAGUUAUGAAUUCACAGUAACACCGAGGAAUGAGCUGGGAACGGGACCCUCCUCCGAUCCUGUAACUUUUAGCACAGAGUCAGCGGACCCUCGAGUGAGCGAGUAUGUUUCAGGCAAAGAUGCCAUCUGGACUCAGUUUCCGUUUAAAUCUGAUGCCUACUCUGAAUGCAAUGGAAAGCAGUUCGUGAAGAGAACCUGGUACCGAAAGUUUGUGGGCAUCCAGCUCUGCAACUCCUUAAGAUACAAGAUCUACCUGAGCGAUUCUCUCAAUGGGAAGUUUUACAACAUAGGGGAUCAGACGGGAUACGGCGAGGACCACUGUCAGUUUGUGGAUUCUUUCUUGGAUGGCAGGACUGGCAGCCAUUUUCUGGCUGACCAGCUUCCAAGCAGACAAGGCUUCUACAGAGCACUGAGACAAGAGCCCGUUUCCUUUGGAGAGAUCGGAGGAAAGUCGCACGCGACUUACGUAGGCUGGUAUGAGUGUGGCACGCCCAUACCUGGAAAGUGGUAAGGACCCACAGGACUGUCCAGGAGGAUGGACUUAUCAUGGACUGAGUAGUGAGGAAGAAGAUGGACAUCAAAGACGCCUGAGUGAACCUGAAGGGAGGUGGGCUUUUCUUUCGUGGACUCUGUAGACGGCUCUAUCUGUUUAAAAUCACACUUCUGUCCUGGACGUGGACUUCUACAGAACUAUUAGGCGUCACAAAACUCUCUAGAGUGCAUUUCUUGAUCAAAAAUGUCCCUAGGGACAAAAGAAUGCAGAAGUUGGAGUGAUCCAAAAUGUUGAACAUACAAUUAAUCACAAUGGAAAAUGUUGGGAAGCUGGCUCCCAAAGUGUAAUAACUUGAUAUAAAGUAUGAUAAUAUUUAUCAAGAAUAUUGAAUUGUGUGUGUUCGGGCUUUUGAGAUAAACUAAAAACACGUGCCCAGUAUUUGUAUUGAGUGCCCGCACUGGUCAUGUGUAUACAGACAGGUGCCAAUCAUAUGUUCAUUGUACAGGUGGACUGUAAAAUACACAAACACACAGAGAUGCAGAAGUGACCUUCUGCUGGCUCUAAGGGAUUAUUAACAGUUGCAGUUUGCACAGUAUUAAACAUCUGCUCAUAUAUGUAUAUGGUGUCAAAUACAGUUUAUUAAGUGUCUGACAGAUGGUGGCACAUUUCAGGUAAAAGAGAAUAAUCAGUGGUUCAGGCCAGCAUUUCUAUGGGAGCAUUUAGAAACGAGGCUUGAUGCCAUUAAUGUCACCUUGUCCUGUAUUUUACAGAGUAAAAAUAUAAUACGAGCUUCAAAGUGGAAACUCCACAAGUAGAAUGUGUUCUCUAGUCUUAGCUGUGCAAAAGGUUAUUCGAUGCAUUGUGUAUAAUUCCAGCAACCGAAACGAAGGAACAGAAGAUGCCAACCUUUUAUUCUUAUUGGCAAACAGACAGAGAAAGUCGGCAUAGUUAGGGAUAUUAUCUCCCUCGAGCACCACAGACUGACUGAUGUGUGUGUAAAUAUAUAUAUUAUAGAGACAUGGCUGAAUAAAUGGCAUUAAAAAAAGACUUUAGAUUUGCAAUUAAACCAUUAACUCAUUAUGAGAGUGUUCAAGUGAGGUCAAAGGUAAGAGAGCGUAAGUUGUUUUGUCAUAGAGGUAAAUGUAUCCUGGGGUCUCACCCCCUGCUGGCUAACAGAAAAAAGUGCAGCCUAAAAGCACUAACACGUUGGCUUCACUUUCAGAGCCGGAAGCUCCUUACAUCUUUUAUGUACAGUCUUUACUUAGCACAAAAAAGUAAUAUAAAGGAGAAACAUCUGACCUGUUACUUUCAAGCACCUUUAAAUCCCACAAAUCAACAGGUUAUGUGAUUUAACUUGUACAAAAAUAUAUAAAUUUAAAAAAAAGAUAAGACCAUUCACAAUUUAAGGUUAUGUGUACAGUUAACUACACCGUAACAGGUUGUAACAAGUCAUUGCCUCUCAACCUGAGAAGACUGAAGUAAAGUUACCAGUCCUAUCGGGAAAUGGUCUGGUAUAAUAUAUAUGUUACAUAUAUGUAUGUAUCUUUGUAAUAAAUGUGCAAACCAAUGAAAACAGUUGUUUCUUUUUGCAGACUUGAUGAAUUUCAAUCCCUUGCUUUUUCUUGUUAAAUGAAUGCUAAUGCAUUACGCUUUAAAUGGCGUGAUCUUGCCAGCCCUCUUUCAGUAAGAAAGCAACUCAUUGCAACAUCAGCUUUGCACACAUGAGCACGCUUGGCAUCAUUGCUAUAACAGAGGCACACACAAAACCCUAACACUGUGCUAUCAAUAACUGCGGAUCAUUUACA